AUGGCUUAUUGGUUGGUGAAACUGAGCCUAAGGCUGCUAUUUCUAGUACUAAAUUUACCUAGAGGGUCUGCUGCUUCCACAGAUGAUCCAGUGCCUAUAGGCUACUACUGCCCGGUAAACGGCUAUUCUUACAGUGCAGGAAGCAUGUUUGAAGAAAAUCUGAAAGACAUCCUUGUUACACACAUGGUUGCCAAUGCCUCGCGUGUGGCGUUCUCAAGGUUCACCAUGGGAGAAGGCAUUGAUCAAGUUUAUGCUAUGUACUACUGCCGGGGGGAUGUGACUCUGGAAGCCUGUCAUGAUUGUUUGCAGAGUGCAACAGCAAGAAUAAUAAAUGUUUGCAAACGGCUAAAACAAGGCAUUGUUUGGUAUAAACAAUGCACCUUACGAUAUGCCAACCACACCAUCUUCUCCCUCACAAAUCAGGAUCUUACCAUUCGUUACCCAAAUUUUAACAACACCCCUGUUCUAGGAAACUAUCUUAAUGAGUAUCGGUCCACAUUUGACAGCACCAUGAGAAACCUCAUUGAUCGAGCUGCUAAUAAUGCAAGCCUUAGACCGGUUGGAUUUGCUACAGCACAAGUCAAUCUCUCGUCAUUUCAGAGCUUAAGGGGGGUCGUUCAGUGCGCUCCCAUCAUUUCUGGGGUUUUCUGUGAGAGAUGCCUCACCGCGGCACUUACACUAAUGGAUCUUUGGGCUAACUCUAUGGAGUUUCUUCCAGCUUGUUUUGUUGGCUUUGAAAUAUACGGAUUACCUUCUUCAACCCCUCCUUCCCCUCCAUCACCCGUAGCAGCGCGCUAUAAGGUCCUUAUUGGCGUGCUAUCUGCUGUUGUAAUUCUAUCACUUCUAGCUGGCUUUUGGUUUUGGAAACGUUAUUCUUCGAAAGGGAAUCCGCAUCCACCACCUGGAGAAGAGAAAAACGAUCACAUCCACGAUUUAGAUGAAUAUGAUGCAUCAGCUGAAGACAAUCUAGAACUAAUCGAGAAAGGGAGGCAGCAUGGAUUGACACAGUACACCUACUAUCAAGUGGAGGACAUGACAAACGGAUUCAAUAAACAAUUAGGCGAAGGUGGCUAUGCAGUCGUCUAUCAUGGUAUUUUAACAGAGAGCAGCAGGGAAGUUGCAGUUAAGGUGUUCUCAAAGAGCGAGGCCCCUAAACAAUUUAGCACUGAGAUUGAAGUGCUUGGACGAAUUUCUCACAAGAACUUGGUUUCUCUAGUUGGAUACUGUGAAGAAGAAACCAAAUUGGCACUUAUAUAUGAGUUCAUGGAAAUGGGAGACUUGAAAGCUCUUCUGUCAGAACGUUCAGAUUCCCUAAGCUGGAAAAAGAGGAUUGAGAUAGCGAUCGACACAGCUCAAGGACUGGAUUACUUGCAUAAUGGUUGCAGCCCGCCUAUAGUGCAUAGAGAUGUGAAACCCGCAAAUAUACUCCUAAACAAAGAAUUCCGAGCGAAGGUAGCUGAUUUUGGGUUUUCCAAAAUAUUUCCAGCCGAAUACGUUUCAAAUUUACACACAAGGGUGGUGGGAACACUAGGUUAUCUUGAUCCUCAGUAUAAUUUAACAGGAACUGUGAAUGAAAAAGGUGAUGUUUACAGCUUCGGCGUAGUCCUGCUGGAGCUAGUCACAGGCAAGACAGCAAUAAUGAACAGAGUGAUGAAUUUGGGGAUAUGGGUUAGAAGCGUGCUCGAAACAGGGGAUAUUGGAAGCAUACUGGACACAAGGCUAAGACAAGAUGUAGAUAACUAUAUCACUGUUUGGAAAACAGUAGAGUUAGCUGUGAGAUGUAUUCAGUUAGAAAGUGCAGAAAGACCACCGAUGACUCAAAUUGUUACAGAACUGAAAGAGUGCUUGAUUAUGAUUAACACUGGAAGUUCCAGUUCAGCUAAAGAUUCCCUAGAGUUGACGAGCGCUGCUGUUUCAAGUAGUACAAUGUCUCCUACACCACGUUAACUACCACAUUUUCUUGCUUAUCCCAUCCUUUAUUAUAAAACAUUUACAUUCGUAAAGCUUCUCAAA